AUGACAGCCUCAUCCCCCAGCUUCAAGAGCCCCCGUGCUCAUGCCCCCACCACGACCACCAUCACCACGACCACCAUCACCACGCCCAGCACCCGCAUCAUCAGUAGUGCCCAACCAUACAGAACACUGGUGACCGCAUUUCUGAUAUGGAAAGCUGUCUUGUUUGCCAUUGCCCUGGGAAGCACCCUCGUGGGCGACGCCUAUGACACGUCCGCCGACCUCUUGGUGCACGGUGGCGUGGAAGCGGCAACGACGGGCCAACAACGGGCUCAGCAGCCAUUGGGUCUUUCUGGUGGUCUGGUCUCGCGGUUUGCCAGCUGGGAUGCCAUUUACUUUCUCAGUUCUGCAAAACGAGGAUAUAUAUAUGAACAGGAAUGGGCCUUUGGUGCUGGCCUGCCCAUCGUGGUCAGAGGGAUUCUUCAAGAUGGGGGUGUUCUCCCUGAAGCUGUCAUUGGCGUCACUGUCGCCAAUACAGCACAUUUUCUCUCGGUGAUUGUGCUCUUCCGCCUCGGACAGGUUGUGUGGCGGGACCGCACUCUAUCUUUGGUUACGGCUCUGCUGCACAUCGUCUCGCCUGCUGGCAUGUUUCUCACGGCGCCUUACAUGGAAAGCUCCUACGCCUUUCUGGCCUUUACCGGAUAUCUUCUCUUUGCACUGAGUAGCCAAGCUGAGAGUCGUGCACUUGCUCGUGAUGUGUAUUUGGUGCUCGCAGGGAUUUUCUUUGGUCUGGCCACAGCCUUCCGAAGCAACGGCAUUCUGAAUGGUAUCCCAUUUGCCUGGGAAGUUCUGCGGCACCUCCCGAAUCUGCCGCAUAAGCCUUUCGACACCAUCCGCCGCCUUGUCGCGUUGGGCAUCGGGGGUAUCUGCGUAGCUCUAGGGUCCAUAAUCCCUCAGGCCAUCGCUUAUGGGCAGUUUUGCUCCGGUGCUUCCGGGGUAGAUCCUCGGCCAUGGUGUGAGGCUUACUUACCGAGCAUCUUCACCUUUGUCCAGGAGCACUAUUGGAAUGUCGGCUUCCUCCGCUACUGGACGAUUUCUAAUCUCCCAUUAUUUUUGCUCGCCACCCCGAUGCUGGCGAUCCUAGUUCGAUCGGGAGUGGAGCAACCCACAUCGGCUCGGCAGCCUGUGAUUGCCGCCAAACCCGUCGAGUCGGCCCAACUGACGUCGCUUGUUCAGUCUGCAGCGGCGGCUCAAGUGGUGCUUGCUGUGCUUGCUAUUGCCAUGUACCAUGUGCAGAUUAUCACGAGGAUAUCGUCUGGGUAUCCGCUGUGGUAUUGGUGGGUGGCCGGGAGCUUGAUUCGGGGCGAGAAGGUGGGUGGAUAUAUUGUCAAGUUUAUGGUUUUGUAUGCCUUGAUUCAGGGGGUGUUGUUUACUUCGUUUUUGCCCCCUGCAUGA